AUGGCCGAAUAUGUCGCCCACCCCUCCUCGGCCUGGCACUCAGGCAGGCAGCCCCCUCACACCUCCGCCCUCUGCCCUUUGGAGCUCAUGGAUCUGGGAGUUACUGAGCAGGCACUGCCGUUGGAGCAGCCUCCGCCAUCCCUGGAGCUGGGAGACGAGGAGGAUAUCGACUCGCCGCUGGACCCUGACGUGCCCCAUCCCGACUUGGCGCCUGUGGUGUUCUUUUGCUUGAAACAGACCACCAGCCCCCGCAACUGGUGCAUCAAAAUGGUGUGUAAUCCUUGGUUCGAGUGUGUCAGCAUGAUGGUGAUUCUACUGAACUGUGUUACCCUGGGGAUGUACCAGCCUUGUGAUGAUAUGGACUGCCUCAAUGACCGGUGCAAGAUCUUGCAGGUAUUUGAUGAUUUCAUCUUCAUCUUCUUUGCAAUGGAGAUGGUGCUGAAGAUGGUGGCCCUUGGGAUCUUUGGCAAGAAGUGUUACCUUGGAGACACCUGGAACCGCCUGGAUUUCUUCAUUGUGAUGGCUGGGAUGGUGGAAUAUUCCCUGGACCUCCAAAACAUUAACUUGUCUGCAAUCCGUACUGUCCGUGUCCUGAGGCCCCUCAAAGCCAUCAACCGGGUGCCUAGCAUGCGGAUCCUGGUGAAUUUGCUCCUGGACACCCUGCCCAUGCUGGGGAAUGUUCUGCUUCUCUGCUUCUUUGUCUUCUUCAUCUUUGGCAUCAUCGGAGUACAGCUGUGGGCUGGUCUGCUCAGGAACCGCUGUUUCAUGGAGGAGAACUUCACAAUACAAGGCGACAUCAUUCUCCCCCGCUACUAUCAACCCGAGGAGGACGAUGAGAUGCCCUUCAUCUGCUCCCUGUCAGGAGACAAUGGCAUCAUGGGGUGUCAUGAGAUCCCCCCGCUGAAGGAGAGGGGCCAUGAGUGCUGCCUGGACAAGGAUGACUAUUAUUACUACAACUCCAUCCGGCAGGAGUUCAAUGUCAGUGAUGUGUGCGUCAACUGGAACCAGUACUACAACGUGUGCCGCACAGGCAAUGCCAACCCACAUAAGGGUGCCAUCAACUUUGACAAUAUCGGCUAUGCCUGGAUCGUUAUAUUUCAGGUGAUCACACUGGAAGGGUGGGUGGAGAUCAUGUAUUAUGUGAUGGAUGCUCAUUCGUUCUACAACUUUAUCUACUUUAUCUUGCUGAUAAUCGUGGGCUCUUUCUUCAUGAUCAACCUGUGCCUGGUGGUCAUAGCCACUCAGUUCUCUGAGACCAAGCAGCGGGAGCACCAGCUGAUGCAGGAACAGCGAGCGCGGUACUUGUCCUCCAGCACCGUAGCCAGCUACACCGAACCAGGAGACUGCUACGAGGAGAUCUUCCAGUACGUCUGCCACAUCGUGCGCAAAGCCAAGCGUCGCACACUUAGCCUCUACAACAGCCUGCAGGACCGACGCCAGGGCCGGAUGGAGCCAGGCAGUGCCAAGCUCGGUGUGAAUGGGAAAGGACAGAGACGCUAUAGGCAUUGCCGGAAACACAACUCUCUCGAAUACACUCCUCAUGCCCUUGUCCAGCCCACUGCUGUGACCCUGACCUCUGACCCCAACAACUGCCCCAGAUGUCACAGGGUGCAGCGUGAGGCAGCCCGGAGGCUCUCCAUCCUGGACAGUGCUGAUUCGGACCAGGAGGAAGGAGGGGCCGGCGAAGAGCAAGGAGAAGGAAGAAGAAGAAGUGAGGGUGCCGCAGAUCUGGAGAAGGAGGAAGAGGAGGGGGAAGAGGGCGGAUGGCUGAGGCUCUGUGGUGACCUGUGGCGAGAAGUGAGGGUCAAACUAAGGGGGAUUGUGGACAGCAAGUACUUCAACCGUGGGAUCAUGAUAGCCAUCCUAAUAAACACCAUCAGCAUGGGCAUUGAGCACCAUGAACAGCCAGAAGAACUGACUAACAUCUUGGAGAUCAGCAAUGUUGUGUUCACCAGCAUGUUUGCCCUGGAGAUGAUCCUGAAACUCGCCGCGUUUGGCCUCUUUGAUUACCUCCGCAAUCCCUACAACAUCUUCGACAGCAUCAUUGUCAUCAUCAGCAUCUGGGAGAUCAUUGGCCAGUCAGAUGGGGGGCUGUCAGUGCUGAGAACUUUCCGCCUCCUGCGGGUGCUGAAGCUCGUGCGUUUCAUGCCUGCUCUGCGACGCCAGCUGGUGGUGCUGAUGAAGACCAUGGACAAUGUGGCCACCUUCUGUAUGCUCCUUAUGCUCUUCAUCUUUAUAUUCAGCAUCCUGGGAAUGCACAUCUUUGGGUGCAAAUUCAGCCUCCGGACAGACACCGGAGACACUGUCCCUGACCGGAAGAAUUUCGACUCCCUGCUCUGGGCCAUCGUCACUGUGUUCCAGAUCCUGACCCAGGAGGACUGGAAUGUUGUGCUGUAUAAUGGCAUGGCCUCCACCUCACCAUGGGCAUCCCUUUACUUUGUGGCCCUCAUGACCUUUGGCAACUAUGUCCUCUUCAAUCUGCUGGUGGCUAUCCUGGUGGAGGGCUUCCAGGCUGAGGGUGAUGCCAACCGGUCGUACUCGGACGAAGAUCAGAGUUCAUCGAACAUGGAGGAAUUUGACAAAUUCCUGGACAGCCGGGAUGGCUCAGAUCCCAGGCUCUGUGCAAUUCCCAUGACCCCAAAUGGACACCUUGACCCCACCCUACCUUCUUCCAACCAGCCAGUGGCAGCUGGUGGGGUCACAAAUUCCGCCCGGAAUUCCCUGCAGCCAGACCAGAUCCUCAUUGCCCUGGGUUCCAGGAAGAGCAGUGUGAUGUCACUGGGGAGAAUGACCUACGACCAGAGGUCACUGUCUAGCUCUCGCAGUUCUCACUAUGGUGCAUGGGGCCGCAGCGGGGCCUGGGGGAGCCGUCGCUCCAGCUGGAACAGCCUGGCUCGGGGACACAGCCUAAAACACAAGCCUCCGUCUGCCGAGCAUGAAUCUCUGCUGUCUGGGGAAAGGCACAGGGUGGCGGAUGUAGAACGAGAGGGGAUGGGAAGGGCCCCUCAUCACCGGCGAACGCUCUCCCUGGACACCAAAGAUUCCUGUGAUCUGGUGGAGCUGACGUCAUCAGUCCCAUCCAGUCACAGGGCAGCGCGGAAGGUGGGUGUGGCUCUGGGCACCAGCGAGCACCAGGACUGCAAUGGCAAAAUGCCCAAUAUCGCUAAAGAGAUUUUCCCGAAGAUGGACAACCGCAAGGAACGUGGAGAGGACGAGGAGGAGAUAGACUAUAGCCUGUGUUUCCGCAUCCGGAAGAUGAUGGAUGUCUACAAGCCAGACUGGUGUGAGAUACGGGAGGAUUGGUCCAUCUACCUCUUCUCUCCACAAAACAGGUUCCGCAUCCUCUGCCAAACCAUCAUUGCUCACAAGCUGUUUGACUACGUUGUUCUGGCCUUCAUCUUCCUGAACUGCAUCACCAUUGCCCUGGAGAGACCGCAGAUCGAGCAUCGGAGCACCGAGAGAAUCUUUCUCACCGUAUCCAACUACAUUUUCACGGCAAUCUUCGUAGCUGAGAUGACACUAAAGGUGGUCUCUCUAGGCCUAUAUUUUGGGGAGCAGGCCUAUCUCCGCAGCAGCUGGAACAUCCUAGAUGGCUUCUUGGUCUUUGUGUCCCUCAUUGACAUUGUGGUCUCAGUGGCCUCUGCUGGAGGAGCUAAAAUUUUGGGGGUGCUCCGGGUCCUCCGACUGCUGCGCACCCUACGUCCUCUCAGGGUCAUCAGCCGUGCCCCAGGCCUGAAGCUGGUGGUGGAGACACUCAUCUCAUCCCUCAAACCCAUUGGGAACAUUGUCCUCAUUUGCUGUGCCUUCUUUAUCAUCUUCGGCAUCCUGGGCGUGCAGCUCUUCAAGGGGAAGUUCUACCACUGCCUCGGGGUUGACAUCCGUAACAUCACCAACAGGUCUGACUGUGUGGCCGCCAAUUACAAGUGGGUACACCAAAAGUACAACUUUGACAACCUUGGACAGGCCCUGAUGUCCCUCUUCGUUCUGGCCUCCAAAGAUGGUUGGGUCAAUAUUAUGUAUAAUGGACUAGAUGCUGUGGCUGUUGACCAGCAGCCAGUGACCAACAACAACCCCUGGAUGCUCCUUUACUUCAUCUCGUUCCUCCUCAUUGUCAGCUUCUUCGUACUCAACAUGUUUGUGGGGGUGGUGGUGGAGAACUUCCACAAGUGCCGGCAGCACCAGGAGGCAGAGGAGGCACGCCGGCGGGAGGAGAAGCGCCUCAGGCGCCUGGAGAAGAAGCGCAGGAAGGCGCAGCGCUUGCCGUAUUAUGCCACCUACUGCUCUGUCCGCCUCCUCAUCCAUUCGGUCUGCACCAGCCACUACUUGGACAUCUUCAUCACCUUCAUCAUCUGCCUCAACGUCGUCACCAUGUCCCUGGAGCACUACAACCAGCCAGUGUCUCUUGAGACUGCCCUGAAGUACUGCAACUACAUGUUCACCACAGUCUUUGUGCUGGAGGCGGUUCUGAAGCUGGUGGCGUUUGGACUGCGGCGAUUCUUCAAAGACCGGUGGAACCAGCUGGACCUGGCCAUUGUGCUGCUAUCUGUCAUGGGCAUCACGCUGGAGGAGAUUGAAAUCAACGCAGCUCUCCCCAUCAACCCCACUAUCAUCCGCAUCAUGAGGGUGCUGCGCAUUGCCCGGGUGCUGAAGCUGCUGAAGAUGGCGACAGGGAUGCGGGCGUUACUGGACACAGUUGUGCAAGCUCUGCCGCAGGUGGGGAACCUCGGACUGCUCUUCAUGCUCCUCUUUUUCAUCUACGCUGCCCUAGGAGUGGAGCUCUUUGGGAAGCUGGUGUGCAAUGACGAGAACCCCUGUGAGGGCAUGAGCCGCCAUGCCACCUUUGAGAACUUUGGGAUGGCCUUCCUCACGCUCUUCCAGGUCUCCACUGGCGACAACUGGAAUGGAAUCAUGAAGGAUACCCUGCGGGACUGCACCCAUGAUGACCGGAGUUGCCUCAGCAACCUGCAGUUCAUCUCGCCACUCUACUUUGUCAGCUUCGUGCUCACAGCCCAGUUCGUUCUCAUCAACGUGGUGGUAGCUGUGCUUAUGAAACACCUCGACGACAGCAACAAGGAGGCGCAGGAAGAUGCGGAAAUGGAUGCCGAGAUUGAGCUUGAGAUGGCACACGGGCUCUGCCCCCGCAGCGUGGGCUCCCCGAGCUCAGGACGGGGUGGAGGAGGUGGAGGAGGUGGGAGAGUGGACCCUGAAGGACAUCUGUGCAUGAGAUGUUUCUCUCCAGCACAGGAGAACUUAUGGCUGGACAGUGUCUCUUUAAUUAUUAAGGACUCCUUCGACGGGGAGUUAAUGAUCAUCGAUAACCUAUCGGGCUCCGUCUUCCAUCAUUACUCCUCGCCGGCCAUGUGCGAGAAGUGUAACCAUGACAAGCAAGAGGUUCAGCUGGCUGAAAUGGAAGGCUUAUCCCUCAACUCAGACAGGUCUUCUUCCAUCCUGCUAGGGGAUGAUUUAGACAAUCGCAGCAUCUGUCAGUUGAGUCCUAAGGAGACCAAGGAUGGCCAGAACAGUCUUGACUCCACGGGCAUGGGAGAUUUGGGGGAAUGUUUCUUCCCAUUAACAACUACAGGUGCUUCUCCAACUCCGGAAAGUUACUUGUGUGAAAUGGAGAAAAUCCCUUUCAACCCCGUCCAGUCCUGGCUGAAGCAUGAGAGUAAUCAAGUCCCCCCCAGACCCUUCUCUCCAGGUACGUCCAGGCCACUGUUACCUGUACCAGCGGAGUUUUUCCACCCAGCCAUCUCUGCCACCCAGACUGGGCAGGAGAAGGUUUCCUGUCCAGGCAGCCUUCCUAAAAUCUCUCUGCAGGGUUCAUGGGCAUCACUGCGAUCCCCAAGUGUGAACUGCUCACUACUCCACCAGGCCACGGAGAGCGACACCUCCCUCGAUGACAGCAGGAGCAGUAGCUCAGAAGGCAGCUUGCAGACCACCCUGGAGGACAGCUUGAACCUUAGCGACUCACCCCAGUGCACCCUGGACCUCCCGGUGGCAUUGUGCCCGAUGCCAACGGCUGCCACCCAAAGAACCAUGGCAGCUCCGCUUUCCCCUGCAUCCCGGAGGCGGAACCUGCGGGGCCGCGGGAUAUUCAGCCUGCAGAACAUCAGGCGGCAUCAGCGGAGCCACAGCAGCGGAGGGAGCACAAGCCCUGGGUGCACUCAUCAUGACUCCAUGGACCCUUCUGACGAGGAGGGCGCGGGGAGCAGCCUGAGGGGUGGCAACAACAGCGAGCAGUCAGAGACCCUCAGCAGCCUCUCCCUGACAUCCCUUUUCUCCCCACCCCCUCCGCCCCCGGGCCGGGCCCUUGUAAAGAAGUGCAACAGCACAAGCAGCCUCAGCGCCAACCCCUCCUCCCGAGGGCCCACGACCAACGAAGCCAAGUCGUUCUACUCGGUUGACCCCCGGGGGUUCCUCUCCAUGCCCUCCUGGGUGACGGACUUCUGCAAGGACACCCCCUCGCCGGGUGAUGGUGAGGGGUCGGACAGCCCUGAUAAACUGGGGACGGCAGACCGCAGCUCCCCACUCCCUUCUGAGCUGGAGCUGGGCAAUGGAGUCAGCAAGAGGAACAGAUGA